AUGAAUCACUCGAGGCGGAACGCGCGUUGCGCCAGGUACCACGCCGCGUCCGCCGCACUGCUGGCGCGCGAGCCGGCGGCGGCGGCGGCGGCGCGGGCGCUGGGCAACCCCAUGCGGCCCGGCGGGCCCGCCACCUUCGGCCCCUUCGUGGAGGCGUCGCUGCGCCUGGCGGCGGGGGCGUGCCGCGCGUGGCCCGGCUUCCGCGAGUACGCCGACUGCCUCGACGCCCUGCGGCCCGGCGCCUUGGAGGCGUUCGCCGCGCACCUCGACCCGGCGCCCGGCCGCUUCAGCGUCGUCGCGCACGGCGACUUCUGGCUCAACAACAUGCUCUUCCGCUACGAGCGCGGCCGGCCCGUCGACAUGCGGAUGGUCGACUUCCAGAUAAGUUGCGUGGCGUCGCCGGCCAUCGACCUCCUCUACUUCCUCAGCACCUCCCCGAGCGAGGACGUGUCCUCCCGCCACGAGGCCCUGCUCCUGCGCGAGUACCACGUCGCUCUGAGAGACGCCAUGGAGUUGCUGGGCCUGCAGGUAAUCACAAGAAGUAUUCCAACAGCAGAGUGUCAGACGUCGAACAGUGUAGGAAUGAUUUCUGUCAGUCUAAAGAUAGCAAUUGGCCACCGCCUUGUCGCAGCCUUCGCUGUCCGCCGCACUCCAUGCCACGCGCCACGUCCAGUGAGUCAACGUGACCGUGAGGAAUGGACACUGUGGAUCAGAUGUGCAGUUGGUAUUCCGUUUCAAGUAUUACCACAUUGCAGGUGUGAAUGCACUCGUGCUCUUGAAAGGCAACAAGCACGACUGCGUAAGAGGCCUCAGAAAAGUAUUGCUCAAUUUGGAAAUUUCGUUGCGCCGCCGCUGGAGGCGCUGCAGGCGGCGCUGGAUGCGCACGGGGCGUUCGCGCUGUUCGGGGCGACGGGCGUGCUGCCGCUCGUCAAGGUGGACGCCGCCCCCGACGUCAACGCCACCGCCGGCGGCGCCGCCGCCCCCGACGCCGGCGCCUUCAUGUACGAGGAUCCCGCCGUCAAGGCGUGGCUGCAGCGCGUGCUGCCCGAGUACAAGCGCCGCGGCUGGCUCAGGCUGUGAGCGCCGUUCACUUGGGUCGACUUCAAGAAAAAAAAUCUGGACGCAAACCAUUGCGGUCUUCCGAGGAAAUUAAUUCAACACACUCGUUGUAUGCCAUUUGCGAGAGCGUCUUUCCCGGCGCGUGCUUCACUGUUAACGACACAACUGCCGAGACCUUACCCCGGCACUUCUGUCCCUCGUUUUUUUUUUUAACUUGGUUUCACCCAUUAUUUCUAACAUUUACUUCUUGAAAAUUUCGAGACUUGAAGAAAAAUGAGAUUGCGCCAUUUAAUAGCGUCUAUGCUGUAUUCAUGAAAAAAAUAUACUAAUCGUUUUGAGAAAUUUCUGUUAUAAAUACCAUUACCUUCAGCCAGAAACUAGGUAAAAAUAUUUUUUUUAAAUAAUUCAGUAUGUCCUUAAUUAAACAUUUCAUUUUCUGCAACACUUUUUAUUUAAGAAAUAUCUUUAUCGUCAAUAUUGUACUUCGAUUAUAUUAAAUUUUGACAAUUUUUCGAAAACACGCAGAGUUCACCGAAAGAGGACAGGCACCACCUUGUUACCGUUCUUUUCUACACACGAGAAAAAUAUUUUUAAAUUGUCUAUAUUUCACGUAAAAUUACGUGCAAGUUAUUUUCGAAAAGUUGCACAUGAACUUCUUUUAAAAUGUCUUUGAACAGCAUAUCUCAUUCCGAAAAAAUCUCUAGCUUAAACAUUAAAGUUGUAAGAAGAUGUUGAAAUAAUUUUCAAAUUUUGCAACUUGCGAAAAUUCAGAAUAUUAUCGAAAACUAAGAUUUUGCCCAUUUUUAAGUGCCCAUUACGAUUACCAAGAACAAAUAUUAAGUUAAAAAAUAUAACCUUUAUCAGAAAAUUUUGAAAAUGUUGUGAUUUGAUCUUAAGUACCCCCCAAAAUAAAAAGAUCUGUUUAAAACUUACAAGCCGUUGAGUUCGGCCAUAUUGAAAAUGAAAUAUCACUUUUGGAGAUAAUGGUCUAAAAAAUUUAGGCACAAGAGUUGACCAAAGACUGACAGAUCAGAUAAACAGACAGACGUAAAUAGAAGUACCCCCAAACACACAAAUAUACGUUUCAAACUCGCUAAGCUUUGAGUUUGUUUCAAUAGAUAAGGAAAAAUAUUUUUGGAGAAAAUCGGUUGAACAGUUUAGGCGCUACCGUUUGCCAUAGACGAGGGGAUCGCCAAAUAGACGGCAAACAUUUUGCCGUCAAUCUACUGUUUCGUUUUAGGAGCCCCAAAACCAUCAAUUUUAAUUACAAGCGUGUUAGAGGAAGUAAUUUACUACAUAUAGAUUAGAUUUAUCCAAUUUUUUGUUAAGAAGGCCUGACAAUACACAUUUUCCUGUAACAAAAUCGCCGAUUUCCGCUUCAGCAUUACAGUAAAUUACCUUUACUACAUACGUAGUAAGGCAAGAAAAUAAAAGGAAGAAUUUCUUCCUUAGGCCUACAACAGACCUUUCGCCGGAUACGUUCGAGAAAUGUGAGACUAUAAAUGUACAAAGACGUCGGUGAGGCAUUCAUAUAUCGUUUAAAAACUAUUGCACUUUUCCAGUGGUGUGUUUUCCGUAGCACUUAAAGUUCGGUGAUUAUUGUUUAAAUAAACAAUUGUUGUAUAAAAAUUUGUGUUUGUAUAAAAUUGCUGUAUAUAAUUCUAUACAAAAUUCUCUUCAAGUGAUUAAAUAAAAAUUUAGUCAAAAUAUGUGAUCAUGGUGCAGCAAGCAAAGAGCUUUAGCCUCGAUAAUGGUUUUCUCUAAAUAAAUCUAUGAACAUAUUUUUUCUUGUAAAAAUGUUUGUUUGAAAGAAAUUAGAAAUUGAUCAAAUAUUAAAGGAUAUCAUAUUUUGAAGUCCUUUCAAUUUCUUAUUUCACUACCUUUUGUACUAAAAAGAUCUCAGUUAAACUUGAC